AUGGGUUGUGGAAUGAGCACCGAGGAGAAGGAGGGGAGAGCCAGGAAUGAGGAGAUCGAAAACCAGCUAAAGAAAGACCGGAUGAUGCAGCGAAAUGAAAUCAAGGUGCUCUUGCUCGGUGCCGGAGAGUCGGGCAAGUCGACCAUUCUCAAGCAGAUGAAGCUCAUCCACGAAGGUGGCUACUCGAGGGAUGAGCGGGAGUCGUUCAAGGAAAUCAUCUUCAGCAAUACCGUCCAAUCAAUGCGGGUCAUCUUGGAAGCGAUGGAAUCAUUGGAACUCCCGCUCGACGACAGCCGUGCCGAGUACCAUGUCCAGACAAUCUUCAUGCAGCCCUCGCAGAUUGAGGGCGACCGGCUUCCCCCGGAGGUUGGUCUGGCUAUCAAGGUGCUCUGGAACGACCCUGGUGUUUCACAAUGCUUUCAGCGAUCACGAGAAUAUCAGCUCAAUGACUCGGCCAAAUACUACUUCGACUCGAUCGACCGCAUCGCCGCUCCCGAUUAUAUUCCCAACGACCAGGACGUCCUGCGAUCGCGUGUGAAGACCACCGGUAUCACCGAAACCACGUUCAUCAUCGGCGAUCUCACCUACCGCAUGUUCGACGUUGGUGGCCAACGUUCCGAACGAAAGAAGUGGAUCCAUUGCUUCGAGAACGUGACGACCAUCCUCUUCCUCGUUGCCAUCUCAGAAUACGACCAGCUGUUGUUCGAAGAUGAGACGGUCAACCGUAUGCAGGAAGCGCUGACGCUGUUCGACUCCAUCUGUAACUCGAGAUGGUUUGUCAAGACGUCCAUCAUCUUGUUCUUGAACAAAAUCGAUCGGUUUAAAGAGAAGCUACCGUCGAGCCCGAUGAAGAACUACUUCCCGGAUUACGAAGGUGGUGCCGACUACAGUGCGGCUUGCGAUUAUAUCCUCAACCGAUUUGUCUCUCUGAACCAGCAUGAGACCAAGCAAAUCUACACUCACUUCACCUGCGCUACCGACACCAUGCAGAUCCGAUUCGUCAUGGCUGCUGUCAAUGACAUCAUCAUCCAAGAGAAUCUCCGCAUGUGCGGCUUAAUAUAA